ACCAAGCCCGUUAAAAUUUUCGGAACUCCUCGGAUUUGUCUUUCGUAAGUUGGUUGCGUAACUUUGUUGUACCAGAGACAUAGAAAUGUCGAAUCUACCUCGACUCCUAAGAUUACCUUCUGUCGUAAGAUGCUUCAGAAACUUUCCAAGAUAUUCAAGUUCAGCGUCUGGAAACAGUGAUCAGCCGGAAUUUAUACCUGUUCCGGAAUACGCAGAGCGACAUGGAGAAAACAUUGAAGUGAGGAAAGCUCGACUACUCUACCAGAGCAGAAAGAGAGGAAUGCUUGAAAAUGGUCUUCUUUUAAGUACAUUUGCUUCGAAAUAUUUAAGGGAUAUGACAGAGCACCAGGUUGAGUUAUACGACAAACUUAUUAACAAACCAAGUAAUGACUGGGAAAUUUAUUACUGGGCAACGGGAAAUAAGCCCACACCAGAGGAAUAUCAAAGUGAAAUAAUGGACAUGUUGAAGGAGCACGCUAGAAAUGAAGACAGGGAUUGGAGAAUCACCCAGCCACCAUUAUUUACUUGAUCUGACACAAUUUUAACUGUGUUUAGUGACUUGAGCAUGUUGGUUUUAUAAGCAUGAUAAGUUAUUUUUAAAUUGUAAUGUUUUGCUUUAAAUGCCUAUUUCAUCAUUAUGAAUUAAAAUAUAAAACAUGUAAAA